CUGUGUGCUGGCGAGCGGAGAGGGGACACCUGGGACCUCCCCGGCCACGACGACGGAGCCUCUCCUGCGUGGAUCGAGGCCAAUGUGCAAUACCAGCAUGUCUGUGUCUACUGAUGGUGCCGAAAGCACCUCACAGAUUCCAGCUUCGGAACAAGAGACUCUGGUUAGACCAAAACCAUUGUUUCUGAAGUUGUUAAAGUCUGUCGGUGCACAAAAAGAUACCUAUACUAUGAAAGAGAUUAUAUUUUAUCUUGGCCAGUAUAUUAUGACUAAACGAUUAUAUGAUGAGAAGCAGCAACAUAUUGUGUAUUGUUCAAAUGAUCUUUUAGGAGAUUUGUUUGGAGUGCCAAGCUUCUCUGUGAAAGACCACAGGAAAAUACAUAUAAUGAUCUACAGAAACUUGGUGGUCGUAAGUCAGCAAGGGUCUUCAGACUCAGGCACAUCAGUGAGUGAGAGCAGAUGUCAGCCUGAAGGUGACAGUGAACAGAAGGACCCCGUGCAAGAGCCACAAGAAGAGAAGCCUUCUUCAGAUUCAGUUUCUAGACCGUCUACCUCAUCUAGAAGGAGAACAAUUAGUGAGACAGAAGAAAACGCAGAUGAGCUACCUGGUGAUCGACAGAGGAAGCGCCACAGGUCCCUUUCCUUUGAUGAAAGCCUGGCUUUGUGUGUGUUACGAGAGAUAUGCUGUGAAAGAAGCAGCAGCAGCGAGUCCACAGAGCCCCCCUCAAAUCAGGAUCUUGACGAUGGUGUAAGUGAACACUCAGGUGACUGGUUGGAUCAGGAUUCGGUUUCCGAUCAAUUCAGUGUAGAAUUUGAAGUUGAGUCUCUUGACUCAGAAGAUUACAGCCAGAGUGAAGGAGGGCAGGAGCUCUCAGAUGAGGAUGAUGAGGUCUAUCGAGUCACAGUGUAUCAAUCAGGAGAAAGUGAUGUAGACUCCUUUGAGGGAGAUCCUGAAAUCUCAUUAGCUGACUAUUGGAAAUGUACCUCCUGCAAUGAAAUGAAUCCUCCCCUUCCACCUCACUGCAACAGAUGUUGGACCCUUCGUGAGAAUUGGCUUCCGGAAGAUAAAGGGAAGGAUAAAGGGGACAUGCCUGAAGAAGCCAAACUGGAGGCAGAAGGCUUAGAUGUGCCUGAUGGGAAAAAAGCUACAGCGAAUGAUUGUAAGGAGUCCUGCACUGAGGAAAGUGAUGAUAAGGAAAUAUAUACCUCCCAGUCACAAGAGAGUGAGGACUAUUCCCAGCCGUCAACGUCCAGCAGCAUUGUUUAUAGCAGCCAGGAAGAUGUCAAAGAGUGGGAGAAGGAAGAGACACCAGACAAAGAAGAGAGUGUGGAAUCUGGCUUCUCUCUUAAUGCCAUUGAACCAUGUGUGAUUUGCCAAGGGCGGCCUAAAAAUGGUUGCAUUGUUCAUGGCAAAACUGGACAUCUCAUGUCAUGUUUCCCAUGUGCAAAGAAGCUAAAAAAAAGGAAUAAGCCCUGCCCAGUGUGCAGACAACCAAUUCAAAUGAUUGUGCUAACUUAUUUUAGCUAGCUGACCUGCCCAUAAAAAUAGAAUUCUAUAUUUCUAACUAUAUAUAACUCCCCAGAUUAGGUUUUAUUUUUUAUCUGCAUACACUAAAACGAGAAAAGUGUCUCAGUCCAUGUAAAAUUUGUUGUACAAUUUAUCUCCUUUGGAGUAAGAAUAUUUCCUUCCUUUGGGAUAACUUCACUUAAUUAUAUUUUACAUUGAGGUUUUGAUAUAAUCUGCAUUGGCCAUGUAGCUCCUUUUUCAUUUUCCUUAUGUUUUAAAUAAUUUCCACUUGGACUGACUGUUGGAAGUGAAAUGAGUCCUCUACUACUGCAAAUGAUGAUGGCUCUUUCUGAGGAGUGGCUCCAUAAGAAGUAUUUGAUUUCCUUUUUUUCCUCUACAAAGAACAUUUAAUUUAUUUAGUACCUCUCAUGUAAGGAGUUAAAAACUGUGUGAAGGAUUAAAUAUUUAAGUUAUUGAAAUUCUGAAAUUCUUUAGGUCUCCAGUGGUUAUGGGCUGGAGAGAUGAUGCAGUUGGUAAAAAGGCACUUGCUGUGUAAGCCUGAUGGAUGACAUAACUUUGCUCCCUGGGACCCCAAGAACCAAGUUGUUCUCUGAACUCACACCUGCCCCGUGUACACACAAUUUUUUUUUAAAGGUACGAGUGUCUGGUGAUAUGUAAGUAAAAACACGCACCUUAUUUUCCAGCUUUUUGUCAUGCGGAGUAGUGGACCAGGUGAUGAUGCAAUGUUCUCCAAGGUUGAGAAUUCUUAGGCCCUUAGAAAGCUCCUCCUUGGGCUCAGCUCCAUGGUUCCUGAUGUUGCCUAAGGAUCCAGCUGUACUUAGGCUAUGUUUAGAAACCAUUCAGAAAGACUUUAAAACACACAUAGUAUUUUAAUAUGAUUUCUCCAUCCAUGUAGAUUAACCGCUUGAUUCAUAAUAGGAAUCUUUCCCUUUGAUCAAAGGGCCCAGUAUUUUUCACAUGCUCAAGUAUAGAAAAUAAAAUCAUCUGGACUGUAAGUUUAGAGUAACCAAAGGAUAGUUUUGUACUAGUUGAUUUAUGCAUUGAAAACAAUAAACACUCCUCCCCAUUAGUAAGCAUCUCACAUCCAAGGAGGAGAACCAGUGAGGAGUGAGUCUUGAGCUUUGGCACCCUGUAACCCAGUGAAGCUUCACUCUUUGGAUUUGUAAUUCCGAGACUAUAUCCUUGGGGAAUGCUAGUCUCUUAAUGUUUAAGUGUGCUAUAAUACAUUAUUUAUUUGCAAAUAAAUGGUUUAUUAAAUAUUUAAAGAAUUA